UUGCGUUCGCUAUGACUAUGAACAUAAUUUGUACAUUUCAAUAAUAUUGGUUUUAUUUCCAUAUCAUAGUAAAAUUUGUGAAACAGAUGUCGGUGUAGGCUUUCAAUAUAUGUGUGCCGGCGACAUCCUACUCUCGUAUAUAUGAUAAGAUAUUAUCAUAUUAUAUGUUUUGUUUAUGCAACAGUGCACUGGCCUCACAAUCACAGACUUAGGUGCUGUAUGUUAACGAUAUGAAUUAACAUUCAGCAGUCUCGAGGCGAAGGUGAAGCAACCGAACAUUUAGCAGUGCAUAUAUAGCUGGAUUUAGACCGCUGGGGCUUGGAUGAACAAGAAAGCUUAUGGGAUUAACUGGAAGUCUGAUCUGAUGACACAGGAGGAGGAGAUUAUCCUUUGUGGAAUGCCAGUUGCAUAAAUCCAAUCUGCUUUAAAAAGGAAUCAGAAUCUGAACCACGUAAAAUCUUUUUUAGAGAUACAAAGGAAAUUCUUAUAACCAUGGAAACCAGGCGACGAAAGGGUAGUCAGCACACUGAGAUGAUGAAGGAGUUUGAGAUAAAGAUUGAACGUCCAAAACCAACACCUUUGGACGAAAUCCUUGAAGUUUUACACAGGAUCUUACAGUAUUGCUUGUGUGUAUUUACAUGUGGCUGCUAUCCAGGUCCGCAGACAGGAAAUGGAUUAAAUGGAGAUGAUUAUGAUUCCAUGUUGUUAGAUAACGAGAAACAGGCCGUGGAAAAUUUACUUAGCUAUCUUGAAACUGAGUCCUCUCAAGAAACUAUAUUAAAUGAAGAACAUAUAAGAGCAUUGUCUAUUUUGACUUUUUCGGACAAUGAGGAGCUCCAGCGUUCAGCAGCGUUAUGUUAUACAGAAAUAGCUAAUCGUAUGCAUAAACCACUAACACAUCGACAGACAGCACCAUUAGUAGAAUUAUUAAAUUCCAGUGAUAUACAAGUACAGAAAAUAUCAACAUUAGCUAUGAGCAAUUUUAUACUUAAUGGCCCAGAAGAAAAUAAAGAUGUUUUAGUUCACUGUGGUGCUUUAUCUCCCCUGAUUCAACUUUUAUCUUCUCGUAAUACAGAAGUACAGUGUAAUACAUGUGGUUGUCUGACAAGUCUCGCUACAACAGAUUCCACAAAACAGACAAUUGCCACAGAAAAUGGUAUUAAUCCAUUAUUACGUUUGUUGAAUUCAAAUGAUGUUAGAGUACAACGUAAUGCAGCGGGAGCCAUACUUAAUCUUACACAUUUACAAUCUAAUCGAAAUGAGUUGGUAGAUAAAGGAGCAUUACCCAUCCUUAUCCUGUUGCUCUCAUCCUCAGACGAAGAAAUCCAAUAUUACAGUUCCGCAGCUCUUAGUAACAUAGCUGUUAACGACAUACAUCGCAUCAUGAUGGUUGCUAUUGGUAACCAUGAUGUUAUACGAGACCUUAUAAAAUUAUUAUUAUCCAAAAAAGAAAAGGUAAAAUGUCAGGCUUGCUAUGCAUUAAGGAAUUUAGCUUCAGAUGGUGAUAAUCAGAUAUGGAUAGUAAGGUUUGGUGUUUUAGAACCUCUACAUAAAGUCAUACGUAAUUCAAAGAAAGAAACAUUAGGAGCUGCUGUUGGCUGUUUAAGAAAUCUCUCAAUAUUAAAAGCUAAUGAGUCUGCAAUUGUUGAGCAAGGUUUUCUACCAGAUUUGUGUAAUAUUUUAAAGUCUGGAACACACUCAGAAUCUCAGAAACAUGCUGCUGGUAUUUUACGAAAUCUAGUUGUAGGAGAUCAUCUACAGGCUGUGAUAGAUAAUAACUGUCUGGAUGCUCUAACAUUAUGUCUAAUAGAUAUGGACACCAAGACAUCUGUUUUAUCAGAAGUGACUGCAGUAUUAGCUGUUAUGGCUGAUGAAAAUAUAAUCAAGAAGAAAAUAUUAGUAUUACAUGAAGGACAAGUAUUUUAUCGUUUAGUUUCAUUAGCUUCAUUAUCAAAUAGUUCAGAUGUACAAUAUAACAGUGCUGGUAUUAUAGGACAGCUUUGUCAAAAAUUCAUUCCUGAUGAUUUGAAGGAAGCCAAUAAAUUAGGCAUAGUUUUAUAUAUAGAUAAAUUUCUCAAAUCUAAAGAUGAGAAUUUUGUUCAUAUUGGAUUGUGGACUCUAGGACAACUAUUAAAAGAUGCUGUUUUUGUGAAAGCUUUUCAUGACCAUCAUAUAGAACACAUUGUAGAGAGGCUCAUAUCUGAUAGCCAAUCAGCUGCCAUUUUAGAACUUGCUCAAAAUGUUGACGAAAUAUUAACAGAAGCGUUAUUAUCGGGUGAUGUUGAUACUACAUCAGAUGAAGACGAUGUGUGAUAUAUUUAAUAGAUGACCACACAGAUGUAACAUUUUGGAUUCAAGAUGUUUUUUGAUUGGUUCUUUUAUUAAAAGGAGUGCAACCUUUAAAUGGAGAACUUUGAACAUUGCUCAAAGGUGACUUAUGAAAAAGGACAUUGCCUGGCAGAGACCAGAAAUCUAAUAGAAAUUGUGCUCUAUUUUUUAUGCUGAGCAGAAGUUAUUUUGAAAGGAAGAUUUUGGAAAGUGCAUUUGAUUGACUGUAUGAUCAAAGACAGCCAUUGAAAAAAAAAGCUCUGUUAGCAACAGAAGAAUACUUUUCAAUUAAAUGUAGGUGUGUUUGGCAGACUUUGGAAGAUCUCUAUAAGAAGUUGCUGUUCACUGAAGAGGGAGAAUUUUAUGUGUUUUGAAACCAAAUUUUAAUGAUUUUUAAUACAAAUUUUAUGUGAUUGUUUAGCUUAUAUAGAAUUUCUUAAUACUGUAUGUUUUUCAAAGUGUGGUGUGGUGUGCUUUUUAAAUUAUGAAAUUGUUCACAAUUAUGUUAAGACUUAGAAAUAACUACUGAUAUGUUUAAAGGAAUAACCAAUACUCUGGGCCACUAGUAUUAAAUUUGUAUAGAGUUAUAGAUUGCACUAAAUUUUUCUAACUAUGCGGUAAUGGUACACAAGUGCUAACUAAUUGCUCCAAAUCAGUUAUAAUUUUGUUCACUUUUAACUUACUUUCCACAUACAAACUGGGUGAUUUAAUGAUAUAUUUGGACUAAACACAUAUUCUUACUAAUUAAUCUAUCAAAAAUUUGUAUCAAAUCUUUCUCAAAACAUUGUAUUCGUGAGCAAAUACUCCAAGCUAUAAAAAAUCUAUUAAAAGAAGUGAUUUUUUUGUCUCGUGACUUGGCUGUCGCAGUACCAGAAUCGGGUGCAAAGCUGGAGGAGAAUUCAUUGCAUAUAAAAGUCGAUAUUGUCUUUAAUCACUGUCCAUUUACCAUAAGUAUCAAAGCCUAAGUAAAUUCUCGGAUUAUACCCUGCCCACGUCUUUUUCCGUGAUUUUUAUAUCCCAACAUUGAUAUAAAUUGUUUAAGGUCAUGAGACAAAGAAUCCUUUUCAUUUUCAAUGAUUUCCGAUAAUUACUGUGUGAGUUAAGAUCCUUGAUCACUUUGAAAAAUCUUGUAGACACUCUAGAGGCUAUAACUCCAUUUCAUUCAUUCAUUCACUCUAGAGGUAAAGUUGAUAUAAAUUGUUUAAAGAUACAUUAUGUAAGAUUUAGAUAAAGAGCUAGCCAUUCUUGCUAUAAUAGUUCGAAAAUAGAUAAUGUAAAAUGAAUAAUUUGAAAAUUCCAUUCAAAUUACUCUAUUGCGAGCGAAGAUAUUAGCCUUUGAAGGUUUGACAAGACGUGUGCAGUUAUUUUAACCACCAUACUGGUUGUUCGAAGCUAAGUCCCGCUCCUCCAUUUUUAGCUUAAAUCAAAAUAUGGCUAAACUGUUCUAAUCUAUUUAAUAUCGGAGAAAUCCGAUGCCAUCGAGAGUUGAUUAUGGUCUGGAUAAGUUAAUUAAUGUCUAAUUAAUAAUUUAGAUAACAUUUAAGGCCUAAAGAAAUAAGACCUGCAAUAGACAGAUUUAGCUCUUGCUUUUUCCACAUAUGCUCACCAUCAAUUUUAUAAACAUAUACAUCAAGCGGUCCCUAUAAUGCCAAGAGAUCUAGCAAUCUUUAUGUGCAAACUUUGACAUCACUGAAGCAGACGGUGCCAAUUAGUGACACCCUCUCAUUUUUGUCCUGUGCGUGCUCCAUGGGUGGUUUUCAAGAAAUCCAGUAUUUUUCUAGUAAGAUUGGGUGUCUCUACUUUCCAUAUAUACCAAAAUUGCCACACAUUUCUUGGAAAUAACCCGAUAAAUACUUGUGUGGGAAAGUAUCUUUAAUAUCCAAAUUAGACAAGAAUUUUAAGAGAGAUCUGCUAAUCCAUGGCUGAGACAUAUGUUUUAUGUCUAAACAUUUUUAGAUGUUGUAGUUUUUUUCAAGCAGAUCAUGUUGAAAACUUGUUACUGCAAUUAGCUCGGUGUUUGUUGCAUUUACCUUGUUAGCAAAAGUGAUAAUGCCUCUUUAAUAUUCAAGAUUUGAACCAAGAAUGUGGGUUACAUGGACUCUAUUUCACUUUGGUUGUUGGUGGUAGGCUAUCAAAUUAAACAAUAAUAUAUCAAGUGUUUUCUAAAUCUUAAUUCUUUAAUGAUCAUUUGUAUGGCUAGUUUUGUUUGUGUUUAAUUUUACACCUACAGAUUAAUGUACAUUACAUAAUUGUUCAGUGGACAUUGUAUUUCUAGAUAUUGCACAAGUUUCAAAAUUCAGGUGAAGUCCUUGAUCCAACCCUCUUUAUGGUCUAAUUCUUAUGGAUAUGUUUCCCCUUUGAUGUAACAGUAAUUUGUCUGUAGAUAACAUAUGAAUAUUAUUUUAAAUGUCCCAUUAGACAAGUUUUAAAAGGUCUCAUUUGCUGUUGUUAAUUUUUUAUUUGUUUUUUUUUUUAUAUUUUGCUCAUGUAAAAGUGUUACAAAUGUGAAAUGGAACAAAUUUAAUCCAUUGUUCAAUAACAUAGAUAAAAAAAAGUAUUAAAAAGUAUAAAUAUAAAAAGUAUAAAAGAUCUUGGGGUAGAUAUUUGUAACUUCAUAUGUAUUCUACGGAUUUUUGAUGCAACUUGAAUUUUGACUUGCACUAUCCAAUGAGUAGCCUCACAAAUUACAUACAUGUAACAUCUUUA